AUGGCGACAUCAAUUAUUCGUUUAGAAACGCGCAGAAUUCAGGAAAAACUGAUCAAAAUGUUCCAUUUGGUGCUUAACCAGCACGGUCAAAUGGCCCGGGCGCUGGAAAAUGAUGACAAGGUUGCGGCUCAGAAAAUCAUCAAUGACGACCGCCAAGUUAACGCUCUUUUUGACGAAAUUCACGGCGAUUUAGAGUUUUUAAUUACUAAAACACCGCUCGACAAAGAUUUAAGACGUACCAUGGCCUACAUCAUGGUUGCUCAGGACGUGGAAAGAAUUGGCGACUACAUCAAAAACAUCGGUCGCUUUAUUAUCAAAGCUAAGCCGCUCAAGCAAAGUUUAUUAGCCACGAUUAGCAAAGUUCACCAACCUUUUUUGCGCAUGCUCAAAAAACUGAGCGAAGUAAUUAGUCGGGAAAGUUUUGAUCUAGCCGUUGACCUAGUCAAACGCGACCUAGCGAUUGAAAAACUGGCUAACGACACGCGCAUGGCGCUCUUUAGUUCGAUCACCAGUUACCGCAAGCAAGAACAAGUCAUGGCAGUUAUUUUCGCGACUAACGUGAUCGCCGCGAUUGAGCGGGCCACUAACUACGUGGUCCACAUUUGCGAACUAAUCGCUUACAUCCACACGGGCAAAAACGUUGAUUUAACAUAA